AUUGAAUAAAUUAAUGAAGCCAUUACUUGCCAAGAACCAGUUGGUGCGUUCAUUAUUGUGCUUAAGUCGGCGUGUACUGUGCCUGUCUUAAGCUGCUGCUCCGAAAGACACUUUCGUGUGCGCGACAAAUGGUGGCUCCAGAGAGGACGCAUCAACCAAUGGUUCGGAAAGUAGUCAAAUAAAUCGGGAAAUAAAAACCCGAAGUAGUAACAAGCCCGUAGAGGCGUGAAUAGACCCCACAGCAACCCAAGCAGGGUUGUGAUAGUGAAACAACGGCGACGGACGACGAUCCGGCGUAGCCGAUCUACGACAGCCAGCCCAGGAAGAAGGGCCACGCACCAGUUGCUCGACGAAGCAAAACCCGAGAAGCGCCUCGGCGGUGAGUGAGUGCAAAAGAACUGUAAGUGCAACGACACAACAGUGAAUAGAACGCGGUCAUUACCGCUAGUGAAGUGACGCAUUCGAAAGUGAACUCGAUACUGCCAACGUAUAAGGCAAAUGCUGAACUAGUGAAAAGGUGACCAAUACGCGUACGCCGCGAGCUCGACGAAGCAAAACCCGAGAAGCGCCUCGGCGGUGAGUGAGUGCAAAAGAACUGUAAGUGCAACGACACAACAGUGAAUAGAACGCGGUCAUUACCGUUAGUGAAGUGACGCAAUCGAAAGUGAACUCGAUACUGCCAACGUAUAAGGCAAAUGCUGAACUAGUGAAAAAGGUGACCAAUACGUGUACGUCGCGAGCUUCGAAAGGUGCAUCCGUUCUCGCAACGCAACAUGAAACCGUCAGUUUAGCGCCAGUUGAAAAAAAAAAAAAAAAACAAAAACAAACAGUUAUCGUAAAACGCGUGCGUCGCAAGUAUCGGACGUUAACUCCGACGAAACGUAUAACGAAACACGUGUGCCGCGAGCUAAAUAUUGCAUAAGGCAUCCGACGCAGUGCAACGUAGGAAGAGCAAAUUGAAGAAAUUAAUUGUGACGAGUGUAUCCAUCGUGUGUAUGACCGUCGUGUGUACGACCGCCGACCCACGGCUAAGAAAACAUCGUUCCGGUUGAGGCAACCAUCGUUCUCGGUUUGAGGGCAACCGGCACGUAAUACGGAAGACGUCGUAUUGUAAUCCUGAGAAGACCAACAAGCAGCAGUGAAGACAUCACUCCCGAUCCAGCCGUCCCUGACCAGCCGAAUAGGAGUUGACCCUGCUGAAGCGGAUCUGAACCACGGUUGUUCCGGCGAGGCAGAGCCGAAUAUCUCAGAUAUCACCAAAACAGAAUUGGUACGGUCCGAUUGGAAAAGGGCCCAGGCAAUCACACAACAAUAUUGGCGACGGUGGAUAGCUGAGUAUCUCCCAAAGCUCUCUAUACGAGAAAAGUGGACUCAACCGGCCAAACCAUUACAAAUAGGCGAUAUUGUCACGUUUCCCGAUGAACAAAGGAAAGGAAAGUGGUUUAAAGGCCGAAUCUGCGAGCUGGUAACUGGCGUAGACGGACAAACUCGUUCAGCACGAAUCAAAGUAGGUAAUAAUGUAGUUAAUAGGCCAACUGUAAAACUAGCAGUACUCGAGGUAAAACGAGAUCAAACAUUUCCAAAUUGGGGAAAAAGGAAGGAAACAAAUCUUAACGUUAUAAAAGCUAAAGCAGAAGAACUAGCAAGUCAAAUACCAAAAAGGAAAAAGCUCAAAAUUAGGCCCGUAUCAUGGAGCUCAUCCUUAAAAUAACAAUAUACAUAGCCGCUCUGUUUAGAGUCGAAUGUUUAUCGAUCGUACCUAUCCCUGAACCAGGAAUAUAUUUUGAUCAUAUUGGGACACUCCUAUUAAAAAAAGGAGCAUGGGAAACGACAUUCCAUACGGGGACACGUCCGGAAAAUGAUACGGAUACGUUACAAAUGUUGAAAAAACACUUAACCAUAGUAUUGAACUCCGUUAAUAGUACGGACUCUGAACACUCAGAUCUAAAGGUUACACUUCAGCGCGAAUGCAACCAUGCAAUUCAACUAAUUCAAGGAAUAAGUCACAAAAGGACAAAACGCUCUCGGGGAAUAUUUGGUAUAUUAAAAGAUUUCAUGUUCGGGGGAGACGACAUAGACGAGCAAUUAGCAGCCUUCAGAGCAGCAGAGGAUACAAAAAUUACACAUGUGUCCGAACGUUUGACCCAAACAAAUAAAAAACACAAUGAGUUAACAGAAAAUUUACGUCACCGAAUAGACAAACUCUAUGAUGGUAUAGAUGUUCUCAGCAAAAAAUUUAAGCAUAACAAAAAUGAAGUUCUAACAAAGUACAUACAAGAAACGAUCAUGCUUACAACCGCUCUAGUACAAGACAUGAUAAAUAAGUAUCACGAAAUAGAUUCAAACCAAUUAUAUUUAGAGGACGAAGAGAUGUUAAAACAAACUAUACGAAGAAAGAUGGCAAGUCAUUAUAACGCUUUAGAAUACUCGGAAAUAACCAAUAGGAGGAUAGAAAAUGGUGAAAUAGUCUUUUCUAUCAAAAACGUAAUUGUAUCGAUAGAAAAUUACGAGAUGUUUAAAGUCAUAGCCAUUCCAAACUUUGCUAAUUAUACGAUUUUAGACAUACACGAAAAUACAAUAGCCAUCAACGAAACUAGUUACUUAUACCCGAAGGAAAUUGUUAAACUGAACGAAUCGCAUUACAUAUCUUCUGAGAAAAUAAUACAACGAGAACCAGACUGCAUAGCAUCAGCAUUACUACACACAGAAAGUGGUACCAGAUGUAGUUCAAAGGAAAUAGGGCCAGAAGUCACUGAAUUUAUACAACUUACAAAUCCAAACAGUAUUCUGUUCUUCUCUACCAACCCUGAUAAGAUAUUACUAAAAUGUAAUAAAACACUCACUACACCAAGCUGCUCAAUCGGAAUCAUAACCUUGUCACUAGACUGUAGCAUUUUGACGAGCAAGUUCGAAAUACAACCGACGAUGCUAAUAAAAUCUGAGCAAGUUAGAGCAUAUUUUAAACCCAUGUUAAAUUUAAGCAUAUCAAAAGAAGAUAAGUCUAACGAAGUAGAAUCAGUAACCAGUAACUAUGUACUCUUCUCGAUAACCAUACUAAGUGUUUCUAUUACGGUCAUCUUGGUUUCCGCGAUGUUAAUCAAGAAAUAUCUAAAACAAAAUAUUGGUCCUCCUCCAUGCAGGCCACCCACUUUAAACCUAGAAUUGUAACUCCCCUACGAGGAUUUACGGGGGGAGGGAUGUCGCUGACGACAAUUUAGGCUUAAAAAACAAAGCGUUGCUAGGUCAAUAAAUGCUGACUAGCUAUGUUAUGCAACGCGCCAGCGAUGCGCGCUGGUUUAACGAUUAAAUGGAAAAAUAGGCUAAGAAGAAUAGAUUAAGAAG